AUGGAGACCUUGCCUUUGGAGCCCACGGUUGAAGCCGCAAAGGCACCUUGUGAUGGCCUGACAAUCUCACCUCCCGAGCUCAGUUCCAGUGACCUCAAACAGCUUUCGCCUGAGAAGAUCAGCCCUGAAGCUACCUCGAAGGAGGAGCAGGAAAACCAGAAGGUUGAGAACCAACAUGAUGGGAAGGUUGAUGAGGCGCUCUCCCCUGCGCACAGCGGAGGGCCAAAGUCAGUGACGGAACCUAUUCCGGAGGAAAGUGCUGUGUCAAAGAAACGGGUUGAAGAGGAGCUGCACAAGGGUUCUGGCCAGGAGCCCCCGACGGCCAAGAAGCAGAAGGCGGCAAAAGAUGAGAAACCUCUGGUUGAGAAUCAAGCUCCCGAUUUGCUGGACAUGGAGGCCCCAAUCGUCAAGCGCAAAGCCCAGCUUGGAAAAGUUGUGGACCUGGAUGGCCCAUGCCAUUCGAAGGAGACUGAGGCCGAUGAGGUUGUUGAUGAUGGUGAGGAUGUUCCCGAUCCUGGUCGCGGCCGUGGCAAAGGUCGUGGCCGUGGCCGAGCUCGUGGGCGUGGUCGUGGUGGAGCCAACAAAAAGAAUUCCAAAGGUGAAGAAGCGAUGGUUGAUCUGGACAGCGAUGAUGAGCCGGAGGCAAAGAAGAAGGACAAGAAGGCAGGAGAGGGAGGAGAGGUUGAAGAGCUUCCAACUACUACUAGCCCUGCUGAGACAGAGCCCAUGGAGUCGAAGCCCAAGCGCAAGAAAAGAAAGGCAGCAGAAGGAUCUGAGACACAUGGGAAGAAGGCCAAAGGCAACAAAGGGAACACCCCCGUGGCAGAAUCUGCUGGUUCGAAAAAGGACAAGGCGACCAAGACCAAGAAGCCAGAGGCUGACAAAGGCGAUGCAGACAAAGGCAGCGAUGAGGUCACUACGUUUGGUGGCAGAUACUGCCCCAAGUCAGGUGAGUCGCGCGAUCGGUGGCUGGCACUUCGGGAUGUUUUCAACACUGAGAUCAAGCCGCGUGUCACGGAGAUCAAGCUGGCUACCGCCUAUGAGGAGUUUAAGUCUGCCGCUAUGAACUUACAAGCUGGGUUCCCUGGACCCUUCGGCUGCAUGUGA